GGUUAGUUAGGUUAAGUUUCUACAUCCAAAACAUCAGCACGUGUGUUAGUAAAUUUUGUGAUAUUUAAAGUAUAAAAAUGAGUUCUAGCGAUUCAGACUUAAGCGAUAGUGAUGUCGAGUUACAAGAGGCACUUGCAGAUGGUAGAUUAAAACCAGGUCUAAACAUUGUAGAUCAAAAGCCUAAACAGUUUGUAAACAACACAACUGGUUUAAACCAGAAACUGGAAGAAAUAAAGUCAUCUUUGCCAUGGAUUGAAUUACUUGAUUGUGUUAACAAACAAGCCCCUCUUGCACCUGAAAUGGCAGCACAGAUGUUGGAACAAGAGCAAAAAAGAGAGAACCAAUUAAAAAACAACAAAAAGCUGCAACAAUUUGCUCCCACAGAUGAUCCUGUAUUGAACGAUUUCAAAAGAGAAAUGAUGUUUCACAGACAAGCGCAAGCUGCAGUACAAGAGGCUAUACCAAAAUUAAAAGCAAUGGAUAUUGCUACUAAAAGACCAGACGAUUAUUUUGCAGAAAUGGCUAAAACUGAUGCUCAUAUGCAAAAAAUUAGAGAGCAUUUAAUGCAAAAACAACAGCAGCAACAAAGGAGUGAACGGGUGAAGCAGUUGAGAACACAAAGGAAAGAAGGGAAAAUGAUACAAAUCCAGACGAAACUUCAAAGACAACAGGAGAAAAAGGAAAUGAUGGAUCAAGUAAAGAAGGUAAGAAAAGGGCUUUCCAAAGAUUUGGACUUUUUGGAUGGUAAGAAAAAUAAGGCCAUAUCUAGAAAGUCGCUGGAAAAAAGAAAAAUGAGGGAUAAGAAGUUUGGCUUUGGUGGAAAAAAGAAAGGUAUGAAAAUGAAUACUAAGGAAAGUGCUGCUGAUAUAAGUGAGUAUAAGAGGUCUGGGAAACCUGGGGGAAAAGGUAAAGGGGGUAAAGCAGUUGGGAACAAAAGGCCUGGAAAGAACAGGAGGGCACAAAAUAAAGCUAAAGGUAGAAGAUAAAUGUUGUUAACUGUAUUAUAUACUUUUUUAAAUAAAAUUUUAUUUGAAUUAGUUUUUUGAUAAAUAAAACCCAUUGUAAGCAGGCAAAAAUAUAUUUUCUAAUGUAAAGUUUCAGAUACAAUUUAAACAUACCAUUAAAGUUAAAAAUAUGUUAGCAAAACACAUUUGGCUUGAAAUCACAAAUUCAUAUAAAUGAGUCUUUGACUCUGACAAUAAGGCAUCAAAAUUCAAAUUGAGGCCAGUAAAUUGUAAAAAUAUAAUAUUCUAUUGGUUCCACCAAGUUAAAGUUAAAAGUUCAUGUUCCAAACAAUAAAAUUUGUAUAUCACAAGUUUUUAAAACUAGACUUUAAAAAUCAAUUUUUGUUUAAAAUCACAUACUAGUAUUUAAGUGGAAGCUCUUUUAAAACUAGUACUGCAUCAAUAAAAGACAGUCCACAAUAAAAACAAAGUUUCCACAAUUUUGUAAUUCUAUAAGUAAAUAUUGCUCAAAUCAUUGCUACUUUCACCAAUUUGAGGUACAAUCAAUAAAUCCCAGCCUUCUUACAUACGCAGGUUUCAACCUACGGCGCAGGCUGAAUACAAAAUCCUUUACACAAAAAGGAACAAGCUCUCAAUAGAGCCAUACAAUUUAGCAAGUCUUGGUUUUGUACUUUUCCUUCAGCGCGGAGGCAACAAUCCUACAAAAAAGUAAUAAAUUAUGAACAAAAAUUAUUAGGUUUUGUAACUUACCAUUGCUAGUAGUCGACAAUCGGUAUAAACUCGAAGUUUCUAACUCGCCACUUUCAAUAAAGCUGCCGCAAUUCUCAUUGAUUGACAAAUAUUGAGAAUCAUCCUCAAUGUUGUAACCAUCUAUUGUAUUAGUUAUAAGGUUUACUAACUCUUCUUCUGUAACCACUGGAGUGUCAUUUAC